UGCACUGGUUCUCGCUUCUUACCGCAAAACCCUUAUAAUGUCACACCCCCAAUAUAAGCAUUCGGUAAACCACCCAAUAAACAUUUUCAAUCAGACCCACAAAUUUCGGGUGUCUCUCUCUCUCGCAAAAAAAAUAUUGAAAAAAAAUGGUCCUCGUCGAAGAAAUUAAGAUUUGAUAAUGGGGGACGAAACGUCAAGAGAAUCCUUGUUGAAUUCCGACAAGAACUUUGCUCUUCUAAGAUGCGUGUCUCACGCGUACGAUGAAUUGCACAGCUUUCGUCGGUGGCUCAAAUGGCUGUGCGUGGAUCAAUCCAAUGCAAAGACUGCCUGUCUUUCGUGGUUCGUUUUCUUGGUAUUUGCCAUUCUGAUCCCUGCACUAUCGCAUUUCGUGUUGGCUUGUAAUGAUUGCGACAACCGCCACAGCCGGCCGUACGACACCGUGAUGCAGCUUUCUCUCAGCGGCGUCGCCGCCAUUUCGUUUAUUUGUUUAUCGGUUUUUAUAAGGAAAUUUGGGCUGAGGAGAUUCUUGUUCUUUGAUAAGCUAUAUAAUGAGAGCGAGACUGUCCGAAAGGGAUACACAGAGCAACUCAAUAGAUCACUGACAAUCCUAUUCAUCUUUGUCCUUCCCUGUUUUGCUGCUGAGAGUGCUUAUAAGAUAUGGUGGUAUAGUUCGGGUGGAACCCGAUUACCCUUCUUGGGCAAUGCCAUCGUGAGCAACACUGUUGCGUGCAUCCUUGAGUUAUGCUCAUGGUUCUAUCGAACGGUAGUCCUUUUUCUAGUAUGUGUUCUCUUCCGUCUGAUCUGUUACCUUCAGAUUCUCCGUUUACAAGACUUUGCUCAGGUUUUCCAAUCUNUAUAG